GAGCCACUGCUUCAGUGUCGAGAUAGGAGUUCAAUACUUAAAUUGAGAUGCAAGGAACCAUGUUCUCGUCGACAGCGAGUUGAAGUGAAGAGAAAAAGAUGGACUCGAUAAUGAGACUGAUAGCUUUCCUAAUCCUCGCAUGUUGUAGUUCUCUUCCCAGAGGCGAAGGAAUUGGUGACCUCAAGCUAAACUACUACUCCAAGAGCUGCCCCAAGGCCGAGCAGAUUGUUAAGCAAGAGGUUGUGAAGCUCUACAACGAGCAUGGCAACACGGCUGUGUCCUGGGUCAGGAAUUUGUUCCAUGACUGCAUGGUCGAGUCUUGUGAUGCAUCUCUGCUGCUGGAAACCACCACCAGCAUUGUGUCGGAGCAGUCAAAAGAUAGGAGCUUUGGGAUGAGAAACUUCAAAUACGUGACCACCAUCAAGGAAGCCCUUGAGAGGGAGUGCCCUGCCACCGUUUCUUGUGCUGAUAUAAUUGCUCUCUCUGCAAGAGAAGGCGUCGUCAUGCUUGGAGGUCCAUAUAUUCCCAUGAAAACUGGUAGAAGAGACAGCAAGCAAAGCCAUGCAGACGUGAUCGAUAAGUUCAUCCCUAACCACAAUGACUCCAUGGCCCUCGUCCUCUCCAGGUUCAAAUCUUUAGGAAUCGACGCAGAAAGAACUGUGGCUCUCUUAGGGGUUCACUCUGUUGGCCGGGUCCACUGUGUCAACCUCGUCGGCCGUCUCUACCCCACCGUCGACCCGACCAUCGACCCUGAGUACGCUAAGUACCUUCUCUACCGCUGCCCGUCGCCGAACCCCGACCCGGAGGCGGUCCUCUACUCCCGCAACGACCGCGAGACGCCGAUGAUCAUCGACAACAUGUACUACAAGAACUUGCUGAACCACAAGGGGCUGCUCAAGGUCGAUCAGCAGCUGCUCUCCUAUCCAGCCACUGCCCAGUUCGUGAAGCUGAUGGCGGCUGACAACAGCCACUUCUACGAUCAGUUUGGCAAGGCGAUGCUGUCGAUGUCGGAGAACAAUCCGCUGACCGGAAAUGAAGGCGAGGUCAGGAGAGAUUGCCGGUUUGUCAAUGCUGCUGCAUAAGUGUGCUGCAGUGUGGGUAGAAAAAUGGGUGGGAUUCUGAUCGGCCACAAGGUGUUUGAUUAGGUCUCCGGUAAUCUGUAUCGAAGCGUCCGAAGCAAUAAACACAAUGUGCAAGUGCAGAAAUAGUGAGUUAUGAGCAAUAAGCGCUUAAAUUUGGAGGAAAA